GUUAGUUGAGUUGAUUCUGGCAUUAAGUCGCACAGUUGGGUUGGUUUGAGUUUAUUUUCUGCUUUUCUUCACGGUUGUCAUUGUUAGUUGAUUCUAUUAUGACAAUUGCGUCAUUGGCUUACAGCAACAAUCAAGUUCAGAAUGGGAAUCUUAACUUUGAGAAUCGGCGGGAGUGGAAAACUAUCAUUAUUUUGACCAAUCCAACCUUUCCUUGAUUUACUCAAUCAGGCACCUCAUGCAUUUUUAGAGCAAUUUGGGUGGAAAUGGCUGAAACAGGAGCUUCAUUUGUCAAAGUAAAGAGGCAUCUACCAGGGUUUACAGCUGUUCUGACGUCUGCAGCUUGUGAAUGGUUUUUGAUUUUUCUGCUGCUUGUUGAUGCUGUAUUAUCAUAUCUGCUGAAAAAAUUUGCUAGUUAUUGUAAAUUGCAAGCGCCCUGUAUUUUGUGUUCCAGGCUAGAUCAUCUCUUGGGCCAUGAGACACCCGAGUUUUAUCGAGAUUUACUUUGCAGCAACCAUGUAUCAGAGAUAUCAUCUUUGAUUUCUUGUCACAUACAUGGUAAGCUUGCUGAUGGCAGUGGGAUGUGUGAGGAUUGUCUCUUAUCAUUCACCAUGAAGAACAAAUCAAGCCCUGAAACGCAUAGGUUGUUGGUGGGUAUAUUGGGAAUGGAUCUUGUUGGUUAUGGUUUCCAAAGCACAUUACCAAACGCGGAUUUUAUUUCUGGCUCCUUGGGCACAAAACUCUGUUCUUGUUGCAAUAAACCUUGGAGGUCAGGACAAAAUGCCCCAAGACUACUCCAACUAAAAUCACCUGGAACUAAACCUAAUAUUCCUUUGCCUUAUUUGCCAAGCCGUGGCCGCCAGAGCCAUCGAAAUAGCUUGAAGAAGAUAAGGGAUAAAUUUUCUGGUCCAGUGAUAUCUCGUCAUGUAGGAAACAGUGGUUUUGAUCCCUUGUCUCAUGUAGGAUACUCCGAACUGAAGAUCACUUCUGAUUCCGAGUCUGAGGUCCCAUUUUCUGAUGAUGAUGAUGAUGAUGGUGGCUGUGUAAUUUGUAAAAAAAUUGAGGCUAAGGAAGAUUUUGCAGUUCAAUGUGCUUCCAAAUUUCCACCCAGAACACUUUCCAGUGGUUUGGAUCUCAAACAGCCAACCCAUCAUAAUGAUCUUGGUCCUUCACUUUUAGAUUCAUCUGUGCAUACUGAUGGUAGCAAGCACCAUGAUGUGAGAUUCAUGGCUUCUAGUGUUUCUUUUGACCAUGGCUUAGGUGAACUUAAUUGGAAUCAAUUCAAUCAGAAGUCUGGACCUUCCGCAUUACCUGAGCUUAUUUCACUAGAUGAUAUUCCUCCAUUGGCCAAUGUUAUGGGAACUCCUUCUGGAGAAUCAACUGAAAGUACUCUCAUACUUCCUCUCUGUCAGAGUUCCAAUCCUUCAGCACUUGCUGAGCUUAUUACUUUAGAUGGCACCCUGCCAUCUGUUGGAGCAUCACUCAAGAAGCCAGCGGAUGUUACUGGAGCAAGUGACAGUGGACGUGUAUCUAUCAUUGGGCAUGAGGAAGUAGUAAAGUUGAUAAGUACAACAGAUGAAGCAUUCAUUAAAGGCGAUCAAGUUGUAAAUGACCCUUCUGUUAUAAAGCCGAUUCGUGAGUAUUCAAGUGAUGUGUGUCAGUGGGCUAUCAGUAGUGAGGAAAGCAAAGCAUCUGAUAUUGUUGCAGAACAACCUACCCUGAGGGAACCUGAUAGAGUUAAUGAAGAAUUGAAGCUGUUUCCAUCUUAUGAUUAUUCUGCCCAACAGAUGAAUUUAUCAAUAAAUAAUACAAGUCCCAUAGUACAUGGUUGUGAUGAAGAACAACAGAUAACUGAUACUUCCAGCCCUAAAGGAAUUCAUAUGCUGCAAAAGUCGGUCUCAGUGGAAUCUGGUCUUGAAUCUUUGGAUGGAAGUGUAAGUGAAAUUGAAGGCGAAAGUCUUCUUGAUAGGUUAAAACGACAGGUUGAAUACGACAGAAAAUGCAUUAGAGCUUUGUAUAAGGAACUAGAGGAAGAAAGAAAUGCUUCUGCAGUUGCAGCAAGUCAGGCAAUGGCCAUGAUAACGAGGUUGCAGGAGGAGAAGGCUGCACUACACAUGGAGGCCCUUCAUUACUUGAGAAUGAUGGAAGAACAAGCAGAAUAUGAUGUAGAGGCACUGGAGAAAGCUAACGAUCUCCUGGCUGAAAAGGAGAAAGAGAUACAAGAUUUAGAAUUUGAGAUAGAAUUUUGUCGAUCAACCUUGCCCAAUGAAUCAAAGACACAGAUUAUACAUGAGGGAAGCACUGAUUCAAAGGGAGAAAAUGUCACUUUGGAAAGUGCAAGUGUACCCUCCAUAACGAAUAAUCUCAAUGUUUGUUGUAAGUCAAUGUUGACUAGGGUACCGAAAGGCAGUGAUAAACCUUUUGUUGCUGAAACUCCUCGCUUAGAAUUUGGAGAAGAAAAGUUGUAUAUUUCACAAUGUCUGGAGAAUUUGGAGAGGAAGCUUCAUCAAAUUUCUUGUGAUGGGACUUUAUCCAACAGGCCUAACGGUGGACAUUCUCAAAAAUUCAUAGAUGGUAGAAAUCACCAGGAAGAGUUUCUUAAUUAUAAGUUGACUCAAUCAAAUGGUCCAAUGGAAGAGAAUGGUUUGUAUAUGAAAAAAGACUUAUGUCUAUCUAAUGGAAGCUAUACUUCUUAUGAUGGGUCAGCUGCUUCAGACGGUGAUGAUCAUUUUGUUAGUAAAGAGAAUGAUCAUUUUAAUUCCAAUGGGCAUAAGUAUAUCAUGCACCACGGAGAGAUUGAUUUGGUUGCUCUUGAAAAUGAAAUUUCAGACCUCAAUGACAGACUGGAGGCACUUGAGGCAGAUCACGAUUUUCUUGAGCAUAGUCUGAACUCUCUUCAAAAUGGAGAUGAGGGGCUACAAUUUGUUCAGGAGAUAGCUCAUCAACUGCAAGAAUUGCGGAAAAUUGGGAUAAGAUUAAUAUGUUAAUCUGUUCCUUGACACGUAUCAUGACGUGGUGUAUACUAAAAUUGUUAUGAGGAAACAAGAAACGAAAAGUCAAUACUACAGGAACAUUUUCAGCCAGUUGUGGGGGGGUACAUAGACCAAAAUAUCAUGGCUCGUUUAUUCUCUGCUCACCUACAAACAUGAAAGAUUAAGAUAGGGUUUCAUGUACAGCUUCCACAUUAGAUUCUUGGAGAAACAAAAAAGGUAUAUAUUAGCAAACAGUGUUAUCAGGUAUGGAAGUGAUGUCUUCUAUUUCCUUUUGUGCCCUAUUGGGCCUUGUUUUAAGGAAGAGAUGUCGGGGUUAGUUUUUGUUAUAUCAAUGAUGAUGAGGUUGUAAAAUGGGUGUUUUAAUCUUUUAGCAUAAUUUCUUGUUCUCAAGGGUGGUUCUGAUGGUACCCAAACAAAGAGGUCCUCAGAAUAUGCUGCAAAACACAAGUUGCUGGCCAUGGAGAGUCAUCCAAAUAUUAGAAGACAUUCUAGAAUUGGUGGGGGGGAUCAGAUUUAGGACGUAGGACUUUUGUUGUUCCCUCGGCUGUUUUGAGGAAUGCCUUGGCUUUUAGUUAAGAAGGCCACAACUCAUUUUGUUAAUAGAACCCUUAUGUUGAACUGCUUUA